AUGGAUCAAACAAGUUCUUCGAUGUCCACGGAUACAAGACAACUUGACGGAGAUGGGAGAAAAACACCGUCACCCUAUUCGAAUGAGGUUGGCUUAUCUAUUGAAUCAACGGAUUCUUCUUCAAAUCCAUGGUCACUUCCGGUACAAAGCGAUCGAUGGACCAAUUUACCACAAUGUAUGGGAUUCGUGGCAAAGUAUAGAAUGCAGAAGAAACCUGUAGAACUCUGGAUGCGACAAACUUUAAAUCGUCUAUCAUGGUUUUCGAAAGCAGAACAGUUACGCCAUCUGAUGAAUGGAUAUGCUGAUUUGUACAAAAUUGUGAUCCACGUCAUAACUGUCAAGGAUGAUAUGCCUAUUUUUCGAUCGGAUAUUGUUUCGUAUAGUGGAACUGCAAGCCGAGAGAAAAGGGAGCAUCGUCGCCGCGAUCUUGCGUAUAUAAUGCAUCAACCUGACAGAUCGUUAUUUGCACCAUUCUAUGCUGUGUCUGCUACUGAUGAUCUCCGAAAAACGACCUUCACGACAGAUGACAUGGAUAGUUUAAAUCAUGUCGCCUAUUUACUAAAUGAGAUUAAUAACAAAAUUUCUCAAAGAAGAACUAUGCAUGUUGAAGAUGCCAGUGAAAAUCAUGAUGCUACAGUAGAUGGCCAAGAAUUAGAAGGAUCUGAUAGUCUAAAUGUAUUUUUGUCUUCGCCAUCUGCGAAUGAGCGCAACAUAGCAACAUUAAAACCGCCCAACGAAUUUGUUCCACAUUGUAAUCUCCUAACGGUAAUGCUUCCAGAUCAUCUGCAACCGGUGUCCGAAAGUGUACCUAUGGAAACUGAUGAGUGUCGGUCAGCAGCAGAAAACGAUUCAGGCGAAAAAAAAUCAAUUCCACAAGGCAUUCUCAUGCCACGAAAACAACGAAGACGGCGACGCGAAAAUACACAGAAAAAUAUGAUUGCUCCAGUUGCUUUAUCUGAAAAUACCGAAGGGACAGCGCCGCUAAUUGAACCGCAACCGGAAACAAUCGCUGACCUACCACAUGAAUGUGAUUCAUUUAAAAUAAAAGUACAUCCAACGCGAUAUCGACGUGUUCGUAUGUUAACGGAUUUGGCAGAACUGGACUGUCCACUCGUGCAAGCCAGCGACCAGAAACAAAGAGUUUAUCCUGAAAUAGAAUUGAAGGAUUUAAGUGACCGGGCGGAUCAUAUUCGCAUUCGAGCGGUAACAGAAACUGGACAUGCUCAUCCGUGGCAAUGUGUCGCACCCAUGAAGCAUCAAGUUUAUUUACAAAUGGAAAGUACACAUGGUGAGCGGAGAUGUCUACAAUGCGAUCCUGAUAAGUUUAACUCUGAAGAUGAAUCUGUUUACUCUGCAAUCAAUAGUAAAGAGCGAAAAACACGGAAAAAAUUGAUACAAGUUCAUUUGUUCAAAUGGAAACAUGCUCGCGCUAAUAUUGCAGGAGGUGCUGAAAAAGAAAAUCCACUACGGUGUAGGCUUGAGGUCUAUCUGUGUAAGCGACUAGAUCCCGGUAAAUUUGAACUAUUGUCUCAACCCUGUUACACAACAAUCAUCGAGCAAGGGGAUGGAGACCUAUCAAUCGAUCCAAAUCAAAUAGAACCCAAGGCAUUACGUGCGACGGGUGGAGAGAGAAUAAGUUUUCCAUUGAGUGUGCGUUGUCCAAAGAAAAAUUUUUGCAUUGAAUUGAACGGCAGAAACGUAGACUCGAAGGCAUUUGAAGUCAAAAAGAAAGAGCUGUUGAUCACUUCUCCACCUAAGCCCAAUCAGGAUGAUAGACUUCGUGUAACUAUUAAACAAGUGCAGAAUGUCGGUGCUAGUUCACACCCAAAGGCGGACAUCUUAUACGAUGGUUAUUUGGAGUAUGUCUCUUAG